CCAGUCAACCUAAAAAAAAUCUGUCAAGCAUUGGUAAACAAGAACAGCAAUAAAGUUCAUCUGUGCGAUGGGAGAAGAAGCUCAGGAUGAUUCCUUGCUCACUGUUCCAUCUUCCAUCAUAAGGAGUCAAUGAACUUCUUGUGGACAUUAUGAACAGUGGACUGUUUUUACUGGUGUUGCUAAUUGGCCUGCUGUUCCUGUCCUUGCUCCGAUCUGGAGAAUCUCAACACAUAGCAGAUGAAUCAUGCUCAGUACAGAUCCUAGUCCCUGGUCUGAAAGGUGAACCAGGAGAAAAGGGGGAGAAAGGAGAACCUGGAAGGAUAGGGAAAGUUGGCCCAGUUGGACAACCAGGUCCUGUGGGUGAAAAAGGCUCUAAAGGCAUGAUGGGUCGCCAUGGUAAAAUUGGCCCAGCUGGGUUAAAAGGAAGCAAAGGUGAUGCUGGCGAUAUGGGCUUGAAGGGGGAAGCUGGUGUCCCAGGCUUACCCUGUGAAUGUGGCCAACUAAGAAAGGUAAUUGGAGAAAUGGAUAUCCUUGUGACAAAGCUAACCAAUGAACUCAAUUUCAUCAAAAAUGCACUGCCCUCCCCUGCAGCUGUUGCUGGAGUACGAGAGGUAGAAAAUAAGAUUUACCUGCUGGUGAAGGAAGAGAAAAGGUACGCUGAUGCCCAUGUGUACUGUCGUGAUCGAGGAGGACUUCUCACAAUGCCUAAAGAUGAGGCAACCAAUAGCCUCAUUGCAUCUUAUAUCAGUGAAGCAGGGCUCAGCAGAGUAUUCAUUGGCGUAAAUGAUCUGGAGGAGGAAGGCCAGUUCACCUUUUCAGAUGGGUCGCCCCUGCUGUCCUUCAACAAGUGGCGGAACGGAGAGCCAAACAAUGCCUACGAUGAAGAAGAUUGUGCAGAAAUGGUAUCUUCUGGGGGGUGGAAUGAUGUUGCCUGUCAUAUUACAAUGUAUUUUGUCUGUGAAUUUGACAAAGAUGCACCUUAAUUCCUGAUGUACAGUAGUAUUGCAAUGGAUGAAUUGGUAUUAGUUUUAUAAGCUAUGAUACCUCAAUGAAGAUGGUAAAACCACCAGAGUUUCAGUCUAAAUUUUAUUUCUCACUAUUAUUAGAUAUACAGCACAACUAAGAUAAAUGUAUUAAACUAUUAGCAGACCAGAUUUCUUCUUUAUCUUUACUGAAAAGAAUAUUGAAGAUAAUUUGGACUUUACAGAAUAGUGUUUAAAGGCAAAGUUUUCUGGAAUGUUGAGUAAUAAAAAAUGAGAGGUGCAUAUAAGCAGAUAUAAAAUCAUUUGUUUCACAACAUCGCAUCAAGUCAAAAUACCACUUUUUAUUAAAAUUAAAUUACAUUAAAAUAAAUAAUUGCACUGCUUGUAAUACAAAUUUAAACACAAAUGAAGCCAAAAUGGCACUUAUUUUGGUACUUAAAUUUAUAUUCCAAAUAAUGUCAGAAAUGAGGGGGUUUAGUUUUGUGAACAGACUGAAGAAUCCGUGGUAGUUAUCCUUGGAACAGAAGUGGUUGCUUGGAAAGCUGGGAAGGGGAUUUAAAAUUAUGAAGAGUAUGGACAGAGUAGAUCAGGAAAAACUUCUUCUAUUGAGGGUUCAAGAACAGGAGGAACAUGGAAUGAAGAUGGCAGCAAAAAAAAAACAUCACAAAGAAGAUUUGUUUUACAGCGCAAAUAGCUAGGGUCUGCCAUGUAUUGCCAGAUAGUAGUGAAAGCAGUUUCAGCUGUAGCAUUGAAAAGAGAACAGAUAGAUAUUAAUUCAUUGGGGAAAGGCAGGGCAGUGAGACCAAUUGGAUUAAUUCUACCUACAGCUGGUGCAAAAUAGGAAGGCUGUGUGGCCUUGUCCUGUGUUGUAACAAUUUUGUUAUUCAGUGAACUUCUAUAGUCUCAGAAUGCACAAUAAGCAAUUAACUUUUUAAAAGGAAAUUAAAGGCUUGUCAGUUCUUGUGUCUCCUUCAGUUCAAAUCUGUUCCCUCUGAAUUUUCUAACAUUAUGUUUUACCUUCAGAGCUGAGCAUACACAUGACAAUCAUGGGCUUGAUGCAGAUUCAUCAUUUCCCCUGUAAAUUAAAUCUCUUAUUGAACUUCCCUUCAUACACCCACACUCUGCUCCAGUAGGUGUGGAUCAUGUCAAUACUGCAAAAGAUUUGGCAGCUUGAUAUCUCUGCAUUUUAUCUAAAUCUCACUGUGUAGUUGGCUUUCUGUAAUCUUGCUUUCAUUGUGGCCAGUGCCACUGAUUCACUGCUGAUCUGCUACACCAACAAUACUAACAAAUAUUUAGUACACAACUGAAACUAUUUUUAUAUUAGAUUAGUUGACGUGGCUUAACCACAAUGCUCACUGAAACAGCACGAUUAAAAAUGCUUCUAAUUAGAAAUGAACUGCAAUCCAAACAAAUAAAUCCUGAAAUCAAAAACUAGCACAAACUAUGGUGCAUUCAUAAUACACCAAGAGCUGUCCAUUGCAUGUAAUGGGCAUGGAAUAACAAAAAUUGACAUCCAACCAAGACUAUAUCUGUAAUGUGCAAUAGCAUUUGCAAAUUGGAUAAGACAAAAUGUACAAGGUAAGAUAAAUUCAAAAGAAACGUACUAAAUACUAUAAAUACACUAAACUAUUUCUUUAUUCUGUAUUUAUUUCAAAACAUGGAAAUAAAAGCUGUUCUUUCUUUUAUUGUUA